AACCCGCGAGGACCUCGAAAAGUCGACUUAAACAGCAUUUGCCUAUAUACGAAGAAUUGGAUACCCAAAAUCUUACGAACGACAACUUACAAACACGAUAAGACAUGGUGGGAACCCAAGAUGGGGCGACGUCCCCCAAAUCAGUUCACCACGUACACCAAGUACACCAGCUUCAAGAUCCCGAGAGCCUCUCUUCCUCCUCCGGUUCAGACAACAGCGCCAGUAGCAGCAGUUCCAGCAGCGGCACCGGCACUCCGAACGUUGCCAACAGCGCAACGAUACUGAUCGCAACCGACCAUCCCGACGCACCACUGCCCGAAGUAACCCUCGUCGAAGCUCUCGAGGCCGACAGCUCCCCGCCCACUCCCCGAUUCAUCCAAGAUGCCGGCUCAUGGAAGAGGUGGAAAUGGGUACCGUAUCCGGUCCGGCGUUCAAUUGUCGCUGUCAUUCGAUGGGCUCACGGCCCCGUUACUCCUCAGCGGUUCAGGAUCAAGCCUCUGUUCCCCAGCGUCCAGUAUGCGCCAAUCCUAAUGUUGGAAAAGAAAUUCCCACGGUUGAGGCAUAGGCUAUGGCUACUCUUUUUCUGGAUCGCCAUGUGGAUAAUUACAUUCGCCUUGGUCAUGCGCAAAGAGUUGGAUGUGGACGAGAUUCCGGGAUGGGGGAGGCCCGUCUCGAUCGGCUGCGGCGCUGCCUACUGGGAGAUGGACAAUGGUUGCGGGCUGAAAGGCAUGCAAUGUCGGCCCUUCACCAACUCUGGAUUUGCCUUCAAGUGUCCUGCCAACUGCGCAAGCUACCAGGCCUUGAACCCGCGCGCUGUGGGUGACCAGGAGGUUGUAUACAGGCCUCUGAUCGUUGGCGGCCCGCCAGCAACAGGGGACGAUAUCACUCCGGUUUACCGAGGUGACUCCUACCUCUGCGGUUCUGCCGUUCAUGCCGGCGUCGUGUCGAACGCGCAUGGCGGCUGUGGUGUGGUGCGGUUGAUCGGGACGCAGAGAAACUUCAGCAGCUCGGACCGGAACGGAAUCGAGAGCAUCGCCUUCGAUUCCUACUUCCCACUGUCUUUUACCUUUGAGGAGGGCGUCGAAUGCUCAGCUAAGGACAUGAGAUGGGCACUCCUCGCCAUCUCCGUCGUCUUUUCCACCGUACUUUCGGUGUUGAUCACAUCCCCCCACCUCUUCUUCUUCCCCGUCUUCACAGUAAUCUACUGGACUGUUGGCUUGGCUACCGACCCCGCCAACAUCACCGACGUGCCCUCCCUCAUCUCGCGCGAGCUCGGCUCGUUCCUCCCCGCCAUUCUCGCAGCCUGGGUCAUGUACGACCACAUGGGCAUCCGCCGCUCCCUAACCGGUCUGACGGCCCAGUUCGAAAAGACGGUGCUCUGGUUGGGAGGUUGCUGGGUCGGCGCCCUAACCAACUACACAUUUGACUUCAUCCCCAUCCAGCGCCUGACGCCGCACGACCUGGCACAACAGCCUGGAGCGCGGGCCGCUCUGGCCAUCAUCAUCAUCGUCUUGACCGUCAUCAUGGCCUCGCAGGUCUGGUUCUUCCGCCAGGAGGGUCGACUGGUUCGUUACCUCAAAUUCUACACCAUCGUCGGCGCCGGUCUCAUCCUCUGUGCCAUCUUGCCGGACCUCAAGCUGCGCAUCCAUCACUAUAUCCUGGCUCUCCUCCUCCUGCCCGGAACGAGCAUGCAAACUCGUCCGUCGCUUCUCUACCAAGGCUUGCUGGUCGGUCUCUUCAUCAACGGCAUCGCCCGCUGGGGAUGGGACCCCGUCCUCCAAACGGCUUAUGCUCUCCAAGGCGAUGCCCAGCUCGGCUCUCCCUUGCCAGCCCUCGCCGCGCCCGUGAUCUCACUUGGGACGAAUAUUUCCUCCAUCACCUUCACUUGGGGCAAGCCGCCUGGCUCUGUUUACGACGGCAUCAGCGUGCUCGUGAACGACGUCGAAAGAUUCCGGACGUAUUUCAGCAGUGAUGAGUUUGACAAGAAUGCACCCUCCAACUUUACGUGGACCAGGGAGGGAGAGGAAGUGGGGAGAGAUAAUGAGUAUUUUAGGUUUGCGUGGAUGCAGGGGUACAAGAGUGAGGAUUAUACCAAGGCGGGAGUGUGGACAAAGGAGGGCGAGUGGAUUGGGAUGGCGCCGGGGCCGUCGAGGGUGAAUAAGAGGGGUUUGGUGGGGGUGGUUGAGGAGGAGGAGGAGGAGGGGAGGAGGAGGUUAGCUUGAUGAGAGGGGGUGACACUUGGAUAUAAAGCACAUGUGGCUAUGUUUUGCCAUGAUGACUCGAUAACGAACAUUGACGAUGACUUGAUCCGAAACAUGAAAGGCUACCUACCAUUGUGGUGUUCUGUUCGAAUGAAUUUGUUGCGACUUUUCCCUCCCUGUACUUGGAGUGGUUCUCUGGGUAUUUAUCCCCGCUCACGGUGGUUAUUAUUCAAUCUCACCAGCAAG